AUGGCAAAAAGUGAUGAUGGCAUACACAUCUUGCAGGGUCUAUUAGUCUUUGGAAAUGUGGUCAUUGGGAUGUGUGGCAUUGCCCUGACAGCAGAGUGCAUCUUCUUUGUGUCCAAUCCCCAUGGUCUCUACCCUCUCCUGGAAGCCACAGAAAACAAAGACAUCUAUGCUGCAGCCUGGAUUGGCAUCUUUGUUGGUUUUGCACUCUUUGCUCUGUCUAUCCUUGGUAUCAUAGGAGUCAUUAAGGCCAACAGGACCUUGCUGCUGGUGUAUAUUAUUUUGAUGCUGAUCACUUAUGCAUUUGAAAUGGCUUCCUGCAUCACAGCAGCAACUCACCGAGACUUUCUCACUCCAAAUUUCUUCCUGAAGCAAAUGCUGGAGCGGUAUGAGAAGUCAGGGACAGACAAUAACAAUGAUGAAAGGGUUACAGAAACAUGGAAUAACCUCAUGCUUCAGAAGAAGUGCUGUGGGGUGUACGGCCCCUUUGACUGGCAGAACUACACGUCUGCCUUCCGCACCAAGCACAACGACGCCGACUUCCCUUGGCCACGCAAUUGCUGUGUCAUGAAUGCCCAAGGGGCUCCUCUCAACCUUGAUGGCUGCAAACUUGGAGUCUCUGGCUACUAUAACAACAAUGGUUGUUAUGACGCUAUUUCUGGGCCAAUGAAUGCUCAUGCCUGGGGUGUUGCCUGGUUUGGUUUUGCCAUCCUCUGCUGGACUUUCUGUGUCCUCCUUGGUACCAUGUUCUACUGGAGCAGAAUUGAUUACUGA